AUGGAGGAUCGAGGGACAACAACUUUAAAAAAAGCUUUAAAAACCCAUUUUGGUUUUGAUGGCUUCCGAUCCAAAGUGCAGGAAAAUGUUGUCAAAGCAGUUGUCCGCGGUGACAGGGAUGUGUUUGUAUGUAUGCCCACUGGGGCAGGAAAGUCUCUGUGUUAUCAACUGCCUGCUGUCCUGGCUAAAGGGAUCACUCUGGUUAUUUCCCCUCUAAUUGCUCUUAUUCAGGACCAAGUGGAUCACUUGAGAUCUCUGAGCAUUCCUGCUUGCUCUAUCAACUCAAAGCUUGCAGUGGGCGAGCGUCGUUUAAUUCUCGCUGACUUGCAGAGUUCAAGCCCAAAGCUCAAGCUUCUCUACAUCACACCAGAGAUGGUUGCUUCUCCAUCAUUCCAGCCUUACUUGACUGAUUUGUUCUCCCGAGGCCUGCUGUCCUACCUGGCUGUGGAUGAGGCUCACUGUGUCUCCCAGUGGGGUCAUGAUUUCAGACCAGACUACCUCAAACUUGGUGAACUGCGUGCUCGCUUACCUGGGAUUCCCUGCAUAGCGCUCACUGCGACAGCACCUAAAAAGGUCCAAGAGGACAUCGCUCAGUCCCUGAAGCUGCAUAUGCCACUGUCCUUCACUACGCCUGUUUUUCGCUCUAAUUUGCACUAUGACGUCAUAUUCAGUGAGGUUCUUCCAAACCCUUAUGUCCACCUCUAUGCUUUCAUUCGGAAGGCAAUGACUCUUGUAGGUGGCUCUAAUGGACAGGGUUGUGGGAUUGUGUACUGUCGGACCAGGGAGGGCUGUGAAACCGUAGCCCAUCAGCUUACUAAGCUUGGUGUCCUUGCAAAGCCUUAUCAUGCUGGUCUAAAGACAGGAGAUCGCACAGAGGCCCAGAGUGACUGGAUGAAGGGAAAAGUGAAUGUUAUUGUGGCUACCAUCAGUUUUGGUAUGGGUGUAGACAAGGCUAACGUAAGGUUCGUUGCUCAUUGGAACCUUGCAAAAUCAAUGGCAAGCUACUACCAAGAAUCUGGGCGAGCAGGAAGAGACGGAUUGCCAUCGCUCUGUCGCAUUUACUACUCCCGUAAAGAUAGAGAGCAAAUUAUGUUUCUCAUCAAUCAAGAGGUUGCACGUAAAAAGGAAAAACGUAACUAUGCAAAGGAAUCAGAUAAAACGGCCAUUACUGACUUUGACGCCAUGGUGCGUUUUUGUGAACAGGAAAGUUGCCGCCACGCCACCAUUUCCAAGUUUUUUGGGGACCAGCCACCAAACUGCUCAGGUGCUUGUGACUACUGUUCCAAUCCAAAAGGUGUGCGAGCCCAGUUGGAGGCGGUUCUCAAGACCAACUUUGCAGUUCAGAGCAAAGAACCAACAAGACCCUUUGGUUUUGAUCAGGAACUUUAUGGAGGAGGAAAGCGGGGCUACGGCUUUGAGAGGUACGAUGAAGAGGGGGAUGCCGAUAGUGACGAUGGCGCCAAGAGGAAAAAGGAAUUCUCUGAUCUCUUCAAAAAGCAGAUGAUUUUAAGGAAGGGACUUGACAGUGAGAAGGAUGACUUUAUUCCUCCAGAUGCUGACUGCCCACUAAAAGAGGCAAGCAGUCAGAGGAUACCAAAGCUCCCAGUGAAGUCCAGGGAGCACUGCCUGACACUUCUUCAAGAGGCAUUAUAUGGCCACCAGAGGGCAGACGAAUCAUUUCGCUAUGAUAAUCUGUCUUUAGCUGUGGAUAUUGAACAUGAGGUGUUCAAGAAAAGCAAGUCUUCCAACUUGUACAAAGCUGCAGUCUUAAAGAAGGUGGCCGAGCUAAAGAAAGGACCUGCUAAACCAGAGGAGCACAAGAGCCUCACUGGUAGUGAGGCCAUUCUAACAGAAGAGAAAGCCUCCACCUCUACAUUUUCUGAAGAUCUGCAUGGGUUCAAAUCUGCAUCUCAGGUCUACUCAAUGAAGCGAAAGAGAGUCGGAGCAGGUCAGAGGGGUUCGUCCAAUCCGCAUCAGGUUGCAAAAGAUCUUCUGAAGAGUUCCAUUGUGGACAACGCAUCUACUGAGGGAACACCAAGUGGCAGCUCAGUUGCCGUUCAACAGGAACCAAUCGGAAAAUGGUCAGAAAAGCCUAAGACUGUGACGUCAUCUAUCCGAGCAAGAGCAAAUGCUGCUGCUGCUGCUGCUUCUUCCUUCUCCUUGAGCAGCCCAACUAAGGGAACUAGAACCUUGAGCAAGAAGCAGCAGAAGUUGGAGGAGGCCGCAAAAAGUUCUCGCUGCAUUUCUCAGUAUUUUGUGAAGACUAAAAUGAUGAAGGAAUGCCAAGAAACAGACGCCAGUAUUGUAGGUCAAGAGGAAGUGAUGAACAAUGUGCAGCACUCGCCUGUCAGUCUCGAUUCUGAUGGCAGUGCUGUGGAACCAAUGCUCAAAGAUGUGAAACAAGCACAGACAGAACCGCCUGUCGUUGUUAUAGCGGACGACAGUGAUGAAACCGCAACGGAUCAGCACACAUCAAAUCUGAAUGCAUCUUCUACCAGGGAACACAACACAACAGAAGACAACCACUCAUCUGUAACAGAAGAGCCAUGUGCUCUUGAAGCCAAACUAGAGGAGCCUCCUCCGGCAAAACGAGGCCGCCUAGUGGACGAUAGCGAGAGUAGACUCAAGCCCACCGCACAGCAGAGAGUCGUGAACAUGGUGAACGAGCCAAAGACAGCUGUGACUCUAAAAGAGGCGGCUGAUGUGGUGGUCCGCUACCUGGACCCUUUUUACACUCGGGGGAAGUUUGCUACCAAGGAGCUGUUCAAGUCCUUCGCUCGCUAUUUGUCACACCUUCUUGCAGAGGGUAGGAGUCUUGGAAAGGGACAAGUGAAAACAGAGGCCAAGGAACUCAUCAAGCAGUUCUUCUGUAAGGUCAAACGCUGUGAGAGUGAAGCAGACUGGAAGCAUCUUAAAAGACCCCAUCAGCAUUGA